ACUUAAAUGUUAACCAAGUUGGUUUGAUGGGUAGGUUGAUUAUGGUCUAUAUACAGUAUGGCUGGGCGGUAUACAGUACAGAGGGACUUCCUGGAUUGCAGCACCAGGUCAGAGAGAGUAACAGACUGGGGACAUGAAGUGACAGUUCACACCCAUCAGAGACACACAGGGCUCCUGAUCAACAGGAGGAGAGAGCACACAGAGAGACCAGUAGACACCGUCAGAGAUAGUGACAAUAAGAGAAAGAGGAAAGAGACCCCGUGUGAUUGAUUCAUCAAGGCAGUGGAGGCAGGAUGUGGGUCCUCAUCUCGGCAGCUCUACUUCUCUCUCUGACAGAGAGAGCCACAUGCAACGGACAGCAACAACCACCACCAACAACACCAUCACCCUGGACCAUCACCUUCAGUCCAGCAGAAAUAACAGCAGAGAAGGGACUAUGUGCUGUUAUUUCAUGUACUUUCACUCACCCUGAUAACAUCAAAACUACCCCUGCAAUAUGGUUCAAGUGCCUUACAAAUGGCAAAUGUGAUAAGGAUAAAAAGAUAAUUUUCCACUCUGAAACUCCCCAUAAAGCUCAGGAGGAUUUUAAACAGAGAGUGUCUCUACUAGAGGCUGAUCUGACAAAGAAGAACUGUAGUGUGAUCAUCAACGACAUCAGAGAGAAUGAUGCUGGAGAGUAUCAAUUCAGAACGUUAGGAGGAUCAUUUACAUACCCACAGAAAAUGAAAAUCACAGUGACAGCUCUGACCCAGAAGCCCUCAGUGUUGACUCCUCCUCUGACAGAGGGAGAACCAGCUACUCUGACCUGCACCGCCCCGGGGAUCUGCUCUGGAACUCCUCCUAACAUCACAUGGACAUGCAGAGGAACAGGAGACAACAUCACUGAGCUCAGAGACAACACCACCAUACAGAUUAGAGAGGACCUGACCCAUGUGACAACAACCCACUUCUCAACGUUGACCUUUACCCCCUCAGCUGAACACCACAACAUGAUGGUUACGUGUCAAGUAACCUUCCAGAAAAAAUAUCAAAUUGAAGAGACAGUAACUUUGAAUGUGACAUAUGUGAAAGACCCCCAAAUAACUGGAAAUGAAAUGGUGAAGGAGGAUGGUACCCUGGAUCUGACCUGCAGUGUUAACAGUUACCCUCCAUCUGACAUCACUUGGAGUAAGAACGGGACAAGUGCCCCACUUCAGAAUUACAGGGAAAAUGCUGCUCUCACCAUCUCCAAUGUGACAAGAGAACAUGCUGGGGAGUAUGUGUGUACAGUUAGACACCUUAACAGGACGUUGACAGCUUCCAUUGUUGUCACUGUGAUGUUGAACAGCACCAUCAGCCUGACUGUUGGAAACCACAACAACAUCACUGUGGAAUGUGUCAGCAGAAAUGUUGUGGGUGUAGUGAGAGAGAAGCUGCAGGUCACGCAAAAAGGAGGGAAACAGAGAGACAUUUCCAUGUCUGUAUUGAGCUUGUUGUCAUUGCAGGCAAUCUCAACCCUGUGCGUUACAGGGAAGACAUCCUCCUCUCUCAUGUGUAUUUUCCUUAGACAUAAAGAGAGGACCCUAAAGGACUCAGACUCCAAAAGCCCUUUCAUGAACCUGGAGAUGAUGGCAUGUGAAGGCUAACAGACAGAUGAAGGACAGGCUGUGGGGUGUGAACAGACCCCUCUGCAGGUGGUGCUGAGGGAGGGAGCAGAAAUCAGAGGGCCCCAGACCAGUGGAGCCACGGGGAAAUUUGCAACAAGGGAAGAACCAAAUGAUGUGGACUACGCCAGAAUCAACUACUCCCUGCUGAAGAAGAAGACUCCUGAGGAGGCAGAGAAGAAGACCACUACCACAGAGUCGAACUACGCUGAAAUCAAAUGAGAGAAGGAAGAUGGAGGAGAUGGGAGUGGAGUGAUGGAGGAGGGGGUAGACGGGAAGGAGAUGAUGGGGAAGAAUGAGGAGAAAGAGAACAGUAAGCCAGCAGCAGAGACAUAUGAGGAUACAGCGCUUUACUCCACCGUCAAGGCUAUUAUGGGUGGUGGUGAGUGA